AUGACAACGCCAGUAGUAGGAUAAGGCCAGUAAAAGCCAACAAGUCCAAUUAAUCAAGCAAAAUAAGCUUACUAACCAAAUCCAAAUACAAGAGAAAAAGCUGAGGGAGCUAAAGCUUAUAUUGAAAAGAAAUAUGCUAAACUGAAAGAUGAGGAAAAGGAGAAAAAAGAUGCAUGGGAUAAAUUGAUUAAGCAAAUGGAUAAAAUGAAUCUUUCUCCAAAUGAGAAAGACCUUAUUAAGCAGGAAAUCUAACAUAAGGAAGCAGAACUUCUAAGAUUAUCGAGAGCUAAAAUUACUGUUAGAGAUUUCGACCCUCUCAAAAUCAUUGGUAGAGGAGCUUUUGGUGAGGUUAGAGUUUGCCGCAAUCGCAAAAAUCAAGAAGUUGUUGCCAUUAAAAAGAUGAGGAAAACUGAGAUGAUUUUCAAAAAUUAAGUAGCUCAUGUUAGAGCUGAAAGAGAUAUUCUAGCUUUGGCGAAGAACCCUUGGAUCGUAGAAUUGAAAUGUUCUUUUUAAGAUGAGAAAUUCUUAUAUCUUGUCAUGGAGUUUCUUUAAGGAGGUGACCUAAUGACUUUACUAAUGGAAAAGGAUAUCUUGAGUGAAGAGGAGAGUAGAUUUUAUAUUGCAGAGACGAUAUUAGCUGUCGAAACUGUGCAUAGUCUAAACUAUAUCCAUAGAGAUUUAAAGCCUGACAAUCUUCUCAUUGGUAAAGAUGGUCAUGUUAAACUAAGUGAUUUCGGUCUUUGCAAACAUGUUGAGAUCAAACCAAGAUAAACAAACGUAACCGAGAAACUCAGAAAUGAUCUCAAUGAUGUUUCUGGAGACUAUAAAAAUCCCAACAUGAACAAACAGCUAUUAAAGACUAGAAUGGAUUAUAAGAGGUCUAGGCAACUCGCAUUCUCCACUGUUGGUACUCCAGAUUAUAUCGCUCCUGAAGUAUUUGGGCAAUGUGGAUACAACGAAUCAGUAGAUUGGUGGUCUGUUGGUGCAAUACUCUUUGAGAUGUUAGUUGGCUAUCCUCCAUUUUUCUCUGAUGAUCCUUCUGUUACCUGCUAAAAAAUUCUCCAUUGGAAAAAGACACUUAAUAUCCCUCCAGAAGCCAACUUAACACCAGCAGCCACAGAUAUUCUAAAGAGAUUAUUAUGUGAUGCUGAGCACAGACUUGGAGCUAACGGUGUAGAAGAGAUUAAAAGCCAUCCAUUCUUUGAAGAUUUAGAUUGGGCAAACAUGAGAUCAAUGAAAUCUCCAUACAAUCCAGAAUUGAGUUCUGAUGAUGAUUGCAGAAGAUUUGAUAAAUUUGAUGAGGAGGAACCAUUUUAUCCACUACCUGAUGAUAAGAAAAAUGGAAAGAAAUAAAGAAAAGAUAUCAACUUCGUAGGUUACACUUAUAAAAAAGAUGUGGAAGAGCAAAAGGUUAAUCUAGUAAGAGCCUUAAAUGAGAGUCUGUAAACUGACAUUGGAGGCUCUAUAGUUGGAAGUGAGAAUAUUACUCCAAUUAAAUCAACUUAAGAUACUUCAUAGAAUAAUAGCAACUUCUAUAUGUCACAAAUGGCUUAAUCAUAGCAUACAGAAAUGACUGUGUUAAGUAAUUCAAAUGUAAGCAAAUCUAGUCAGCUUCAAUAGCAUAAUUUGAUGCCAAAUAUGAAAAGAUAAAUGUAUGAUGAAGAUGACUAACCUUCAGAGGAGAGUAAAGGAAAGAUUCAUAUGCAAAUGGCAAAUACUGGGUAUGAUGGAUUUGGAGGUCCAUAAAUGAAAGGUUAUUACUAACAAUAACAGCAGCAAAUGUCUUCAUCACACUAUGUCUAAAAAGGACCUGGAAUUUAGAAUCAAUAAUAGAUACUGAUGCAACAAUAAUAAUAGUAGUAGUUGCAACAAUAACAAUAAAAAUUAGCUAUGACAUAAUAAUAGAGAUAACCUCCCCCUGAUAUAUAUGUCAAAAAAGGAAUGGUCUAGCAAAUGCCCCCGUCAUCAAAUCAAAACAUGGUUAAUCAAGGCUAUGGUCAAUAAUUAACUAAAGAACAAUAGUUGAUCCUCAUGUAAUAACUGCAGAAGAAGAAUUAGCUAACUCAAUAGCAGCAAUAAUAGUAAUUGCUAGCUCAAUAAUAGUAACAGCAGCAAUAGUUUGCCUAACAAAAAAUGAUGAUGAAAAUGGGAGUGUCUGGAAACGGAAUAGUAACUCAGCAAUAGCAAUAGCCGUAAAUCUAAACUUAGCAAAAAAAAUAUAUGGUUCCUCAGUAAAACAAAAUGAAUGAUUAGUAUGAUGCUAGCUCAUCAUUAGAUAAAAAAGGCCUUUAGCUCAGAGACUGA